AUGAAGAGUUUUGCUCUUCUUUUCCUAGUAGUGAUCUGUGGCGUGGGAGGAUUGGGACAGAAGCUGAAGCCAAAGAAAAGAAGCAAUGGUGAAGAAAUCAGUUUUCGAACUAAAACCAAAGAUGUUUGCACAAUGAGCAUGAGUGGGGACGAGGAGAUGAAACUUAGAAUUGAAUGCAGAAGCCAAGGCAUGUCCUACUGGUGUGAAUUCACUGGCAAGCCAUCAGUCUGUCGUGCUUUCCGAAACAAUCCAAAGAUUUACUGGAAUCAGAUCGCCAUGGGACUUAGAAAGCUCCCACAUGCUUGCGAAUCCACACAGGUGUUGAAGACAACCAUGUGCCAAAAGGCUCCCACAGAGGCUCUCAUGAAGCAAAUAGCUGCUGGUAUGGAGCCAGAAGAUCUAGCAAACCAGGGUGAAUCAGUCCAGAAAACUUCCACUUCUAUGAGGGGAGCAGGGAAAAGCUCUGUUAAGAAAAUAGGAAAACCUCUAAUACUACCUCUUAUAAAACCAACCCAACAUGGUCAAGGGUCUGAAAAUGAAACGGAAGCAAUGAAACUGGCACGGGAACAUUGCUGGGAAUCCCUGCAUGGUUUCUGCUCCUACAUUAUUGGCAUCUUUAGAGGUUAA